AUGUAUUCAAACUGUAAUGGGCAAGAGAGCGUUAAUUUCAUGAUCUCUCAUCAAGGGUUAAUGGAGGGGAAUGGCGGGAAACGCGACCUGUUGCGUCACUCCUCACAAGUCGCUUUAUCAAAUCCCAACGUCAGUUUAUCACACGCCUUUUGCUCCUGUGAGCGGAAAGUGUACAAAAUUGGAGUACUUAUGGCCUCCAGAUUAGAUUCUCCAUUUGAUUUGGAACGUUGCGGUCCAGCGGUGGACCUGGCCCUGGAUAAAGUUAACGAGAAGUUUCUGGCUCACCAUAAUGUGGAGCUGCAGAAAGUGCAGGGCAGUUACCCGUCCUGCUCGGGCGCGAUAGCCCCCGGCUUGGCUGCGGACAUGCAUUUUAAAGAUGAUGUAAUCGCCUUCGUUGGGCCCGCCUGUGCCUUCGCGCUGGAACCUGUCGCGAGGCUGGCUGCUUAUUGGAAUACGCCUAUCAUCACUGGAAUGGGAGAUCAGCCUCCAUCUGAAGGAGAAUUAGCAGCGCCUGCCAGUGUCGUUAGUCGAAUGCAUAGACUGAGGAACCUACGCAAAGGGACAAGGCCUCAAACGUUGUUUAAUGACAAAGGCAAGUAUCCAACUCUGACACGCAUGUCGUACUGCCAGUGUCGCCUGCCGCGAGUUUUCACGAGCGUAUUCGAGCGCUUCGGCUGGGCACACGUCGCCUUACUACUGGAUAAAUCUGAUCUAUUCUCACUCACUGUUGGAAAAAGCCUUGAAUGGGGCUUGAGGAAAGAGGGCUUACUGAAAGCUGUAAGAGAAUUAGACGGCAAUGAAAGGGAGUCUUGCGAAGCACUUCUGAAGGAUGUCAGUAUGUACGCUAGAGUGGUAAUUCUGAGCGUCCGCGGAUCACUGGUGCGCGAGUUCCUCCUUGCUGCACACUCCCUCGGCAUGACUAGGGGUGACUGGGCUUUUUUGGACGUGGAAAUUUUUCAGGGUGGUUACUGGGGGGAGACGGGGUGGGCGGCGGGAGAUGAGCGGGACGCGGCUGCACGUGCCGCCUACGAGGCCUUGUUGCGUGUAUCUCUGAAGCUGCCCACUGGCGACCGUUUUGACGAAUUCGCGGACACAGUACGAGCUCGCGCCAAACUACACUAUAACUACACAUUCUCCGACGGCGAAGAGGUAAACUUCUUCAUAGGCGCGUUCUACGACGGUGUGUAUUUGUUGGGUAUGGCCUUGAAUGAGACACUAACUGAGGGGGGGAAUAUCAGAGACGGACGGAAUAUAACGCGGAGAAUGUGGGGAAGAGAUUUUUAUGGUAUCACAGGUCACGUGCGUAUCGACCCAGUCGGCGACAGGGAUGCUGACUACGCUAUUCUCGAUCUUGACCCUGUUACCGGAAAAUUUGAGGUGGUAGCCUUCUACCACGGCUUGAACAGCAGCUACAAGCCGGUAGCGGGCAAGGCGAUCCACUGGCCGGGCGGGCGGAGAGCGCCGCCUCCAGACAAGCCUCGCUGCGGAUUCCUCGGCACUGACCCUGUCUGUCAGGGGGAGGCGCAGGCAGUUUUGAUAUAUUGCUUUAUCGGCCUGGCUGUGUUCUUAACGCUCGCGGUUACGGCCGCUUGCGUGGCCUACAAGCAAGUUCGUAUCGACGCUGAGUUAAACAAUACUUCGUGGCGUGUCCGUCCUGAAGAGGUGUUGGUGGAAGUCGGAACGGGUCUAGGUUCAAGUCCUGCCUUGCACAGCAUCAAUGAAGUUCUCAAGUUGUCUCUCGGUUGGAGCACUCGAAGUAAUUCGACAGCAGGUGUGGGACCCUCCGUCACAUUAUCCUCAUUCACGGUCGGUCUUUACAAAGGGAAUCGCGUGGCUGUUAAGAAAAUACACAGAAAAAAACUGGAUUUGAACAAGAAGUUGCUAUGGGAGAUAAAACAAGCUCGUAAUGUCUCUCACGAAAACACCGCGCGUUUCAUCGGCGCUUGCGUCGAUUGUCCUCUGGUCUUCAUCCUCACGGAGUACUGUCCGAAGGGCUCCUUAAAAGAUGUCCUCGCCAAUGAAGAGUUACAACUCGACUGGAACUUCAGGACGUCCUUAGUACACGACAUAGUUCAAGGCAUGUGCUACUUACAUAGUGGGCUGGGUGCACACGGCAAACUCCGUUCAUCGAACUGCCUCAUCGAUGGACGAUUCGUUCUGAAGAUAUCUGACUACGGUCUCAAUACGCUCUGCACACCAACCGACUUGAUUAAGGACGACGCCUAUUAUUACAAACUGCUCUGGACGGCUCCGGAACUAAUCGCUGGCAGCGUGUACCCGGGAGUGGUCGCUUCACAGAAGGGCGACGUCUACAGCUUCGGCAUCAUACUUGAAGAGAUCGUGCUGCGUGCGGGGCCCUUCUAUCACUACACGGGUACCAUGACCAACAAAGAGAUAGUGUCCCGCGUGGGCGCGCACGAGGCUCCGCCGUUCCGGCCGGCGGCGGGCGGGCGCGAGGUGGGCGCGGCGGGCGGCGCGGCGGCCGAGCUGCUGGAGCUGGCGGCGCGCUGCUGGGCCGACGCGCCCGACGACCGCCCCUCCUUCGACGCUAUUAACGCCAACUAUAUCAAGGGAUAUUGCGACAAUUUAAUGGAUGAUUUAUUGAGACGCAUGGAGCAGUACGCUAACAACCUCGAGUCGCUUGUCGAAGAAAAGACCGAACAAUUGUCAUUAGAAAAGAAAAGAUCAGAGGAACUCCUUUAUCAAGUUCUACCAAGGCCCGUGGCGCAGCAGCUCAUGGCGGGCGAGGUGGUGCAGCCGGAGAGCUUCGAGCGCGUGACGGUGUACUUCAGCGACAUCGUGGGCUUCACGCAGCUGUGCGCCGCCUCCACGCCCAUGCAGGUCGUCGACCUGCUGAACGACCUCUACAGCACCUUCGACAGGAUCAUCGGCUUCUAUGAUGUCUAUAAGGUGGAAACAAUUGGAGACGCGUACAUGGUGGUAUCCGGUCUACCGGAACGAAACGGUGACUUGCACGCGAGGGAGAUCUGUUUGAUGGCGCUCGCCAUCGUGGAGGCCGUGCGGACCUUCGUGGUCAGGCACCGACCGGCUCACCGGCUGGAGGUACGCGUGGGUGUGCACUCGGGGCCGGUGUGUGCGGGAGUGGUGGGCGUCAAGAUGCCGCACUACUGUCUCUUCGGAGACACCGUCAACACCGCCAGCCGCAUGGAGUCUACCGGCGAACCUUUACGGAUUCACUUAAGCGAAAGCACGCGAGUCCUCCUGGAACAGUGGGGAACGUUUGUGGUAGAGAGGCGUGGAGAAGUCGAACUCAAAGGGAGGGGUCGCAUGCUCACACACUGGCUGCUCCACUGUUCCGAGCAGGAAGCGCGGCUGGUCGCUCAAGGACCGCAGCCUCCCCCGCAGUACCCCAUACUGUUCCCAACGCUGCCGCAGCCACCGAUAUUACACACACCGUAUUUGGUCGUCGAUACUCCGACGUUGGCUGCUUAA